GAUGAUAUCAUUCGGAAGAGGCUGUUGAUUGAUGGAGAAGGUGCGGGUGAUGAUCGCAGAAUUACCGCGCUUUUGAAGACAUUUCUGAAAUGGUGUAAUUCUACUGGCGAGGAGGAAGACAAGUUAGUACUGUUUCAUAUUUCUUCAUCCAAGGAUUUCCUUUUUUUACUUCAGAUUUAUAUGUGCGAUUUGUAGGAAAGCUUAUUUCUAGAAUGCGUGGCUACAUAAGAUUUGUCUCUGUAAGGUCGCGGUCAGCUGAAGAGCUGUUUAUGAAUACACUAUUUGUAUAUUAUGGUGUUAAUGAAGUCUUCAUACUGUGGACUGUGUUCCUUAUAGGUAAGCGACUCACUGUUUGAUUUGGACUUUAUGGGUCAUUUUUUGACUUUUCAGGACUGUGACUAACGGCUCAAUGAAACUGUAUUAAGUAAGAUUAGUUUAAUUUCAGACUAUGGCAUAGUUUUCGACUUUCUCAGUGUAUUGACCAUUUAAUAGGGACCUUAAGCAGUCAGGACAGAGAUGUCAAAGAAGAUGUAAAUCAAAAAACGUAGUUAUAGUCGAAGGAAGAAUUUUGCAAAGGCUAGAUGUCUCUUACAGUCUCUUAUGGCACCACACCUCAGCUUCAGCAUAAUGUACAUGAGCAGAGUUGAAUUCCAAAUGGAAACUCAAAUAAUUUGUUGUCAGGGUCUUGGUUCUCUGAUCACACAAAUAUGUGGGAUUUCAUGUUGUUGUUUUGCAGAGAAUGGUUAAGACAUGUACAAAGUUUUAAAGCACAUUUGCUGAGUUAUUUUUCUGCUCAUGAGAUCUUUUGUUUUGCAACAUCCUCAAUACUAUUGCCAUCAUGGCUUGCCUAACAUCCUUAAUAACAUUGAUGUAAGUAGCUCUUCCAGUUAAAGUUGAGCCUGGUUUUAACCAGCAAUGCAAGCAUGAGCACAAGUAUAAAGUAAUUAUGCCAAAUGAAAAUGAACUUGACAAGCACAAGUAUUAUCACAAGAAAAAAGAAGAAAAUUUCCAUCCUUGUGCUUGUGUUUGUGUUUAUGCAUGUGUUGAGGCUGUUUUCAUGGUGAAAUAAGAGCUGUUAAGCUUGGGUUUGCAGUUACAUUUGUGCUUGUGUCGCUAGUGAAAAACAGGCUAUAUAUUACAUGGCUUUUCAUUUUGUUUGUCUUUUUUUCCUUUUCCAGUGAUGCCACAUAUCAGAAAAUGCUUAUUCAACUGGCUCAGUGUGAAUUUGCUAUUGGUAAAACACAGACUGUCUAUGAAAUGAAUGAGCUGGAAACUGAAAACUAUGAGAAGAUUUAUAGUGAAAUAGGUAAGAGUAAUUUUUGCUUGUAACUUGAAUUGUAAAUUUUAAAUGUAAAAAAAUUAUUGCUCAAUGAAUAGAUCUUUACAGGUUGCAGCAAUUUGAGCCAUUGCAGGAAAAGAAGUUUGAAAAAACUGCUUACUGUCAACCAUACAAUUCUUAUGUUAGUUCAGAGAAUUUAGUAUUGGAUCAAUUGGUUACCCCAUACUGAUAUUUUUCUUUAUUCUCAUCACUUAUCUGUUUGAUAUUGUAUUGAUACUGUAAGGAGAAAUUCUGUCUUGGUUACUCACAUGAGUUAAAGGGUUAAAUCAAGAGAUGCAUCUUUGAAGAAGCUGAAAUGUUGAUACUUACAUGAAAUGAUUUGUGGUGUUACUUCCCAUGAGUGACAAGGUUAACAUUUUGCUUUAAAAAACAGAGCAGAGUAUUUCACUUGCCUAUGAGGAAAUUGCAUCCUGCAAGACUGAGCUGCAGAAAGCAAAGAGGAUAAGAAGAAACAGACAAGGUACAGGAACAUUGUAAACAAUACAUGUUACUUGUACUUAAACAGAAAUUAUGUAAGGCCAUUUUGAUUACUGUGGUGCUUCAUUCACUCUCAAUUCUGCUUUCCUCCUGUAAACUUUGAAAUUCUAAACCAAAAACUCCAUAGAGAAACUUAACUUUUUUUUCAUCAAUUGCCAAAUUCUAUCAUACCAACUCCACUCCCAUCUUCCCAUAUUCGUUGUGAGAGACUUGGAAUUUCUUGGGUCCAGGCUUGAGACAAAAAGAGUAGCAUCUUUUGAAUACCAACUUUUAUGUUUAUUUAGAAUAUGAUGCACUUGCUAAGGUUAUCACCCAACAUCCAGAGAGGCAAGAAACUCUCAAGUAAGUGUGGGAUAUUUUUGUAUUUAUUAUAUUCCUUCUUAAAUGAUUCAACAACCUUUUGUUAUCAGCAAGUAUGCGCAAGUCAUUUGUAUUAACCUAACUGGCAAGGUUUUCCAGAGAUAUUUAUUGAAGAAGUAGUGUAUUUUUUAUUAGGUCUUACAUUGGAUCUAACUGUUCAGUUGAAUUUUCUCUUUGCAGACAAAUUGAAGAACUAGAUAAAGAACUCAAUUCUCUGACAAGUACUAAAGAAAGUCUUUUCUCCAAGGUAGGUGAAUCAAAUUAGCAAAUUUCUUCAAAGUGCUCUCGUCAGAAUUGUGUGGACAGAGAGAUAGAAACGUGAAAGAAUUGAAACAUGUAAGAGCACUGUAGACUACAGGGGAAAAAACAAGGGAAGGAUGAAAAAAUAUUCUUUUUUAUUGACCCAUCUGCAGACCUUCUCAAAGUUUCCCUUAAAAUAUUAAGUAACAAGGGAUACUGCCUCUCCCAUGGAUGGGAAAAUAAGCAAAACACAUCUUCCCUUUCUUCACAAUUUUCAGAGCAUUUAAUGGUGUGAUAACCAUGUGCAUGUUGAUGUGUGAGGAGUUUUGAGGCAUGAUGGUAUAAGACUUGAUAGUUCCUAAAGAACUUUAUGAGCCAGAAAUUCUGUUUGUUGUCAAAGAAAGUCAAGUACAAAUAAGUAGUUUGAAAAUAUCAAUUGUAUAAUUAUGUUAUUGGAUAUUUUCUUCCUUUUUUCCAGCUUGAACUGCGACAGAAACAGUUCCAUCUUCUCAUCAACACAAUUCACGAGUUACAACGGAUGCUAGAAGGUGAG